AUGUGGACACAAAAAUCUAUAUUGAUGAAUUUUGAUGAAAUAGAAUGUCUAACUAUUCAUAGUUAUGAUGAUGCCAUAAAAGAGAGAAAGGAAGAAAGAUCAAUGAAUGGUGUCCAGCUCAUUGGAAUAGAAGAAAGACAAUUGCAUUCAAUGCAGGACUAUUUGGAAGGAUUAAAGAUGAUUACUUCAAUUAAUAAAGAUGUUGAUGCUCAUGAUUUAGAUUCCUUUAAGGAAGCAUUCCAAAAGUCCAAAAGAUAUCCUUACACUAUGAGUGACUUAGAAUAUUUAUCUGAAAAAACUAGUUUGUUUUUAUUAAACUAUUUUCAACAGAUAUAUAAAAACCUUGGUCUUCUUGGUGGUUCUGUCAAAAUAGGAGAAAAGAGAAAACGAAAAUCAAAAAUUAAUCAAUAUAAACUUGCAUCUCUUGAACUAGAAGUAGAUUUAAUGUGUCUUCCCAUUGGUUUUAGCACAGGAUCUCCCCCCAAAAUGAGAUUAGAAAAAGGAAAAGAGGAACUUACAGAAGAAGAUAUAGAAAAUCCAAAUGCUGAAGAGGGUGACGAAGAGGAGCAAGAUGAGGUAGAAUUGAACAUUAAUAAUCAAGAAAGAAUGUCUAUUGAAUUUCAUAAUGCUUUAAAUAAUAUAAAAGAAUGUUCAUUGACUCUUUUAUUUCAUAUUUUAAAUUUGUACAUGUUAUUACAACAUUUUAAACCUCCUAUUAUUGUAAACUUUACUUAUAAUACUGCCAUGGGAAAACCUUUGAUCAGGUUUGAUCAGGGUAUGGGAUAUGAUAAAGAAGCUUGA